AUGGAGCCAGAGAAUGAAACACAAAUUAUAGAGUUUCUUCUUCUGGGACUUUCAGAGGACUUGCAGCCCUUCCUCUUUGGGCUGUUUCUGUUUAUGUACCUGGUCUCCGUGCUCGGAAACACACUCAUCAUUUCAGCCAUGAUCUCAGACUCCCACCUGCACACACCCAUGUACUUCUUCCUCUCCAACCUGUCCUUCGUGGACAUCUGUUUCACCUCCACCACUGUCCCAAAGAUGCUGCUGAACAUCCAGACACACAGCAAGGUCAUAACCUAUGCAGGCUGCAUCACCCAGAUGCACUUUUUCAUUCUCUUUGGAGUUUUGGAGAACUUCCUUCUCAGCGUGAUGGCCUACGACCGGUAUGUGGCCAUCUGUCACCCCCUGCACUACACAGUCAUCAUGAACCCCCAGCUCUGUGUGUUGCUGGUUCUGGUGUCCUGGGUCAUGAGUGCCCUGAAUUCCUUGUUACAAAGCUUAAUGGUGUUGUUGCUGUCCUUUUGUACAAACUUUGAAAUUCCCCACUUUUUCUGUGAAAUUAAUCAAGUGGUCCUAAUUGCCUGCUCUGACACUUUUCUUAAUGAUCUGGUGAUGUAUUUUGCAGCAGGGCUGCUGGGUGGUGGAACCCUCUCUGGUAUCCUUUACUCUUAUUCUAAGAUAGUUUCCUCCAUACGUAAGAUCUCAUCAGCUCAAGGGAAGUAUAAAGCAUUUUCCACCUGUGCAUCUCACCUCUCAGUUGUCUCCUUAUUUUAUUGUACAAUGCUAGGAGUGUACUUUAGUUCCGCUGCCACACACAACUCACACUCAAGUGCAACAGCCUCAGUGAUGUACACUGUGGUCACACCCAUGCUGAACCCCUUCAUCUACAGUCUGAGGAAUAAAGACAUAAAGAGGGCUCUGAAAAGACUUUUCAGAAGGAAGCCGUGA